AUGUUCUGGUCGAACUGCAAGUCUCGGCCAACACAGCAGCCCAGCGACGCAGUCCACAUUGCCUUGGACACAAAAUCCGAUCUUUUGCCGUCCGUGGCACUUGUGGAAAACUGCAGCAAUCCAAUCUCGUAUAAGCCAGCGCCAAUCACCACCGAAAACGACGCUUUGCCUUUCAUUGAAGCAGAGAAGAUCGCGGAUGCGUGCCAAAACGGUCGCUUAUGGGUCAUAAUAGAUGACAUUGUCUACGACUGCACAGAGUUCGUGCACAACCAUCCCGGAGGAGCUGGUGUUAUUGAGUCGUUUAGAGGAAGCAAUUGUACAUGGCAGUUCUGGAGGUUUCACAACGAGAAGGAUUUGACCGAGUUUGGGAGAUCGCUUAGGGUUGGGCGGACUAGAGGGAUACAAAACAAGUUCAAAGAGCCCCCAAGAUUUGUUGGGCUUCGGAAGUUUUGGGACGUAGACUUUUAG